GGGUGAGGGGCUGUGGGCUGAGCCUCGAAACGCCCGUUCCUCGACAAGUCCGAUGACUGCAGAGCGUCAUCCCCCUUUCAUCCUCACCUUCGCUCUCCUCUUCUUUGGUGUCGCGUUCUUUUGUCGCUCCUGAUACCUUCAUAUCCUUUCUAAUACCCAUUUGCCCUUGUUUUCCGCCGCGUUGCUCUACCCUCUUUCGUAGCCGCACGGACUUCAGCCGCAUCCCCUCCUCCGCGCAUCCACAGCAUCAUGACGAUCUUUGUGAACUUUACGAUGGGCGCGAAGGAGGCUUACUUCUUUAACAGUCCUACGCACUGGGCCUGGCACAAUCUUCUGCCGGAUGUUGAGGCUCUCUUCACGAAACAACCUCCUCUCAAGGACGUGAUUGAGUUCGCGCUGGGGGACAACGGGACGUACUUUGUGAGCUAUCGAGAUCAUGAUGGACAGAUAUUCUGCAGACACUACAACCUCCCAAAUCCCCUCACAGAAUACCUCUACCAUGGGCACCCCCACGUGAUCCGUGAUCUCAGUACCCUUUCUAUCUCCUUGGGUCCUUAUGAGUCCUACUACGCCCACGACAAGACAUCUGCCUCGUGGUCCAAUCUACCUCCUGCACUCGAAAAGGCUGUUCUCGGGCGCCUCGUGUCCCAGGAUGCAUGGAAGACUGUGUGGAAAGAGAACGGCCGCGACGCACCAAGCUUCGUCAGUUUGGGCGCCGAUGGAAGCUACUUUAUGCGGGCGGUUGGCGGAGGUGGGAGCUGGGAGUUGAAGAGCAAAGAGGACGGCAUGGUGGGAACGAAUAAGUUCCUUAAUGACUCAAAAGACUUCACGGGCGUUGCCGGGCUCUACCUCUUCGCGCACCAUCCAAAUUCAUAUGUCCUGCUUCUCACCUCCGGAAAAGCCUUCUCCAAUCUCCCCGAGCACACAUGGGCCGACUACAACAAAAUGGCUCCGGCGCUACCUCCCCUCGUCCAAACUAUGUCACCUAUUCCAUGCACGCCGCAACCGCGUCAACAAGCGCCAGCUCCUGUACCCCAGCCCCAUCCCCAGCUCCAGCCGCAGCAGCGCAUUCAAACGGGAUGUUGUCCGACGGGAAUGGUGGUCGCACCACAUAACUGCUGCGUGCAGACGCCGCAAAUCGGCUCACCCUUUGGCCUCCCAUCUCCAUUCAUACCGCAAAUGCCGACACAUUUCCACUCGCAAAAUUAUGGAGCGACGUACGCGCCUGCUGUGAGCCCCGCGGGCGGAUAUGGGAAUCCACCUGCAUACACACCUCCAUAUGGAAAGCCUUCCUGAAGGAUACCAGCUUCUAGGAAAUGGUUCAUUCGGACUGUUACGGAUUUGCGGCGAUUGUUUACAGCGUCUUGCUAGGGAAUAAAGAUACCAUUUGACGAUUAUACGGAUCCGGCGCUUUUUUAGAUGGACUACUCAAUUCAAUCAUUCCUGGUUGCCAAACGGCGCCGCGAGAGCUAAAUUCCGUCCAUACCUUUUUUGG